AUUUACAUUUACUUCUCACCAUCUUCUUCUGCUCUGUUCUCUCUAAAAAUGAUGAAAAUGAUCGUUUCGGUGGGUGUUUAUGACCAGAAAUCCAAGGAUAAAAUCAUGAAGAUUCUUAUUGGCUUAGCCGGGAUUGACUUUUCAUAUAUAGAUUUGAAAGAAGGCACACUAAUAGUGAUUGGAGAUGUUGAUCCAGUGGCGAUCGUUGCCAAACUCAGAAGGAAAUGGGGAAGAGCUAAUUUAACAUUAUUUGUACCUUGUACGAAUAGAGAAGUGAGGGAACUUGAAGCUCUACUCAGAUCUAACUCCAAUGUUUUUGAUCGUCUUCAUGUUCCUACACCUCCUCAUUCUAAUCAUAUUGUCAAUAGUCUCGGGCAAGGUUGUGUCAUUUGCUAAGAGAGUUACAAGGAACAAAAAAAUACAUAAAGGUAAAUUAAACUAUAGAUAUAGUUCAUCUUGAUUACUGUAUAAAGACAAUUACAUUGAUGAGAAUAAAGGAUGAAUUAUUGUUGAUC